GCAUAGGCCCCCAACGAGCGCGUUGUCGCGACGCUCGACAGUUCGCCAACCCACAAGCGUCAUGGGCACAUACAAUCAUGUCUUCUUAGCAGAUACUGCUGGGAAGUAUCAACGGCCAAGCUGAGGGCCCAGGUUGCGUCAGCGCGUUGGGCUGGCCCCUGGUUUGCAUGCGUAUCGGCAAGCUGCUGGCAAGCAUGAACGAUACAGCAGCUGAUGAGGCCCACAAUGCAGCAUUUGCAGCAGCAGGGAGAUCGGUCGCUGGCGUGUUCUCAAGGAGCGAACUUGUCGAGGCCAUAUCGCCCAGCCUCGGCCCCAGCCGUGUGGCGUCCUCGUCGCUACUUCGGCUGGGCCCAGGUGGCACGGCCGUCAUGCCAGCGGCGCACGCCGCCGGCGGGCGUCGCGUCAGGGCAGCGGCGGCCCGAGUGCAGGUCGCAGUGGGUCAGGCGCCAACGCUGGCGACGACUCCGUACGGGCAGUUGGGCCACCAGUACCACACCAUGGGCCUUCUGGCCCCUAACCCACAGCCAUCGGUGGUGGCGGCCACCGCCUCCGACGCGGCUGCCGGUGCAGCCCACGCUCGCGACAUGGGCAUGGCGUGCGCUGCCGCCGAGGCCCGCAACCUGGCCGUAGUGAGCACCGGCGCCAACCCGAUACACCUGUUCCAGCUCGCCGAGUGCAUCGACAUCCUGAGCGAGGUGAAGGACAAGCUGAAUCUGCAGCCACACCCUGGGGGCGGGGCUGCGGCCACCGCAGUCAACCUGGUUUCCACGGCGGGGCACACGCUGGCACACGCGCCUCCGGCCCUGCAACCCACGUCCGCCCCCUACCGAGGGAGCUUGGACAACCUGCAGGACGUGCAGCAGCGACUGGAUGGCGGGGCUGCGGCUGUGGCGGGCGUGGCGAGCGGGGCCGCGCCGAGCGACGGGGCUGGCGGGCACCUGCACGCGUGGGCUGCAGCUGGUGUGGCGCACGGCGGUCACACGCAGCACCAGCCCCUGUACAAGUAUCAGCACCAGCCCUACUCAAUGUACUACCACCAGCAGCCGCUGCAGCCGCUGCAUUCCUUGCUAGGUGUGGAUGUAGGCGCAGGGGUUGCGGCGGGCGGUAGCGGGCAGGAGGACACAGCGGCGGUGGCUCAAGGUGGCGAGGAGCUGGACUCGUUCGUGGACGGUCUGUUUGCAGAGCCCGCCUUUCCGACGGACCCGGUUGGCGAGGCAGGCGGGGCAGGUGCGGCAGCCACAGGGUCUGCAGCAGCUGAAGCCGAGGCCGAGGCCGAAACCAUACCUGGGACCGAAGCAGUAGGCGGGACAGCCGCAGUUGCUGAGGUUGCGGCGGAGCCGCAGCCGCAGCCGCAACCGCAACCGCAACCGCAACCGCAACCGCAACCGCAACCGCAACCGCAGCCGCAGCCGGAGCCGCAGCCGGAGCCGCAGCCGGAGCUCGAGCCGGAGCCGCAGCCGCAGCUGCAGCCGCAACCGCAGCCGGAGCCGGAGCCACAGCCGGAGCCGGAGCCGGAGCCGGAGCCCAAGGCUGCGACCAGGGCUGCGACCGGGGCUGGAGCAGAGGCAGCGGCCGUUGAGGCCGAGGCCGCGGCUGAGCCUGGGCUGACUGUCGGCGCAUGCAUGCCCCAGGGGUGCCCCGGCGAUGACGCCGACAGUGUGGGCUCAGGGCUGGACGACGGGGACGACCAGGAGGUGAACUCGAGCCCGGUGGUGCGGGAGGUGGUGGUGCCGGGCAACGCGGCAGCAGCGGCGGCACAGCCGGAGCCGCUGCAUUGCGCCCCGCAGCUGCCGGCCGGCGCAGCAGCGGGUGCGGAAGCUGUUGGGGUGGAAGUAGCGGCGGCGGAAACACCUGGAGCGGCAGCAGCGGGAGUCGAGGCGGAAUCUGGCGUAGUUGCAGGCGCGGAAGCGCAUGAGGCGGCGGCGGAGCCAGCGGCGGAGGAAGCCGUGCAGCCGGCUACGCAGGCGGCGGGGGCGUCACCAACGGGAGCAGCGACAGGACAAGCGCACAAGGACGCGACGCCCAGCGUAGAUGCUGCAGACCCAGCCCCGGCCGCGGAGCUGCUGCCGACAGCUGGGGAUGUGGCGCGGGGUGCGGCUGUAGCCAUGCAGGCAGGACCGGUGGCAGCAGGCCAGGGGCCAGGUCUGGGCCCAGCGAUGGCUGUGCUGGUUGCGCCGCUCGCGGCAGCAACUGCGCCCGGCGGCAGUACCGAGCUGCCAGGCUUUAAGGAUCGGGCGAGCUUCGCAGCUGCCAUCAAAGAUGCACAUCCCGCCACAGGUGGAGGCGAUGGGGCUGAAGAUGCUGGGCCGGGGGCGGCAGAGUCGGGGGCAGUAGGGGUGGGUGGGAAGGACGUCGACAGCGAAGGGGCCGUGCCGGCAACCAGCCUCACCGCUGCAGCCGUGAUUCCGCCGGGCGGUGCCGCGACGCAGACGCGGACUGCUGCCGCCGAGGCUGGGGCGGAUGGCGAGGUUGGCACGGCCGCCGCCGCUGCAGGGGCUCUUGAUGGCCACGGCCAAUGGGAUCCAGCAGGGUCCGAGCAGCUGCUACAGCCUCAGGCGCCCGCACUACAGGCGCUGGCGGGCGGUGGCAGCAUGGACCUGCAGCAGCUACUGCCACCGCAAGUGCGGAUCAAGCAGGAGCAGGUGGACGAGGUGCAGUAUCAGGAUGAGGCAGUGGACCUGGUCAUGGACAUGGAGGACGGGGAGGAGGACCAGCAGGAGGAGCAGGCUGAAGGUGAGCAGGCGGCGGCUGAGCAGCAGGCACAGCAGCAGGCACAGCAGCAGGCACAGCAGCAAGGGCAGCAGCAAGCGGAGGAGGGGAGUGAGGCUGAGGGCGAGGAUGGGCAACGGUCGCAAGGGCGAGGCCUAUCGCCACAGCUGCACUCGCAGCAGCUCGGCGCAGCUGCUGACGACGCUUCAGCCGACCCGUCAUCGCAUUCAGCUGUGCCCGACGGCAUGGACGCCUCAAGCCCGUCUGCUGCUGGCGCCGCCACCGCGGCAGCGGUUGCAGCAGCCCGCCCGCAGCCCCCGCUCGCCGUGGAGGCCCCGGCUGCGGGCCUGGACCUGCGGACCCUGGAGCACGCACUGCUAGCGGCGGCGACUGCGGCCGCGGCAGCACAGGCCGUGGCCGCAACCCUGGAGCCACCGGCUGCAGGUGCGGCUGCCGGUGCCGAUCCGGUGGCAUUGCCCACGGCAGUGCAGACGGCCGAAGCGGCGGGCGGCGCGCAGGCGAGCGGUCGAGAGGCACCGGCGCGCGCGCCCGGCGCCUGUGCUGCAGGUUGCGCCGGCGUUGCUACAGCCACGGUUUCAGAGGCAGAGGCACUACGGCAGCUGGCGCGGUGCAGCAAGGCGCAGGUGAAGGCGGCGGUAGGAGCGGUGGCGGAGGCGGAGGUGGCGCAAGCGGAGGCGGCGGCGGUGCCACUGGCGCAGCCGCAGCCGCCGCGGCUAGCUGUCACCGGCGGCGGCUGCGUGUGUGCACCUGCGGACUUGGCCCAGCGCGCUCAGGGUGUGCUGACACUAAUUGAAAACCUCAUGGCGGACUUGCGGGCGACAACAGCUGCGGCUGCGGCUACGGCUGCGGCGACUGCGGCUGUGGACGCCGUGUCCGCCCCGACAGCUGCUGCUGCGGUGCUGCCAGGGUUGACCGGCAGGGUUUACGCAGGAGCGGCGCCACCAGCAGCAGCGUCAGCGGGGGCGGGGAGCAGCCAGGUAUCGCCGCGGGUGUUGGAGCAGCCUGCAGACGAUGGGAUGGCCAGUGACGCUGUGGGCAUGGUCAGCCCGUUCACAGGCCGCGCCUACCCCGCCCACCUCGUGCGCUGCCCCGGCGACGUGCCACUGCGCCGCCAGCUGGAGGUGCCGGGACUGCUGGUGUCCGACCCCCACCGCGCCGUGCAGGCCAUCGUGGACGAGAUGCACAGCGCCGCAGCCGGCUGCACCACCUACCUGGUCAAGUGGCGCGGCUACGAGCUCGACCCCGGACACCCUGGUGGGGCUGAAACGGCGUUCGUCGCCGGGGCAAGAGCAGAAGGCGGCGGCGUGGUUGGGACUGAAAGUACCGGUGGGGAAGCCCGGGCGGAGCGGCAAGGUGGUAGCGGCGCUGGUGCCUGCAGCGCCAGUGGUAGCGGAGCUGGGACCUGCACCGCCAGGGGUCGCGGCGGGCACUGGAUGCGGGAGUCUGUGCUGCGGUCCUGGGCGGCGGUGCAGCCGGCGGCGACGGCAGCGAUGGCAGCGUGGGAAGCGGGCGCGAGGCCGCGGCUCACGUCAGCCGGCGAGGUGCCGGUGCACCCCCCGGUGGAUCUGCCCGGCGCAGCCUCGGACACGCCUGAGGCUGCAGCUGCGGCUGCGGCCGCUGUGGUGGUGGCCGCGGUGGCGGCGCCGGCGGAAGCAGUGCCUGCCGGUGCUUCCGGUGGGGUGGAAGCGGCAACGGUGAAGGCCGCUGCCGCGCCUGCACAGCUGCCGGAGCUGCCCCCAGUGACGCCCGCGCCCCGCCCAGGGGGCCCCGGGGUCGGCACAGACACACACGAGCCGCAGCAAGCACCACGGCCAGCGCAGGAGCAUGAGGGUGAAGGGACGCGAGAGGCAGCACCGGCAGCACCGCCGCAGCUGCAGCCGCGGCGUCGGGGCCGUUCGGCCCAGGGCGAAGCAGGCGCGGUCAAGCCAGCCAAAACGCCCGGUGGGCGGGAGCUUGCCCGCCUGUUCGAGAGCACAAUGUUCCGCACCGGGAACGACAGUGGCGAGGUCGUGGGUGGCGGGCGCAGAAGCCGCGCGGCGGCGCGGGCGUCUGCAGCUGCGGCGGCGGGAGGCGCACCGUCAGCGGGUGCGGCGGCACCCAGGUCAGCACGACAGCUGCGCGAAUCCACGGCGGGCCGGGUCAGGGCGGGCAACCUGCCGCAGCCCCUGCCGCUGCUUCUCGUAGAGCAGGGGCCUGCGCAGGAGCGGCCGCUUGGCGAGCCCGCUACAGCGCAGCUCGACAGGGCCACGCAGGCGGCCGCCACCACUGUAGCCAAGCGGGGUCGAGGCAAUCGGGCCAGCAAGUCGCGGGCAGCCGCUGCCCACGACCCGCAGCCGCGUGAGGCCCACUGCGUUGCGGACACGGGAGGCAACGCCGCUGCUGCGAGCUCAGAAUCCGGAGGGGUCCAGGCCACAGCACAGCCGCAACCGCAGGGGCCGCAGGCGCCGCCGGAGCAGACACUGCAGCAGCAGCAGGGGCCGCAGGCGCCGCCGGAGCAGACACAGCAGCAGCAGGGGCAGCUGCAGCCGUGUCCCAAGCGGGCAUCUGUGCAGGAGGAUUUGGCGGAGCGACAGCCACGAGCACUAGCGGAGCCAACAUCGGGGGUGACAGCGCAGGCGGCGCAGGGGCCGUUGGAGCUGCCGCAGGCAGCACCGCACCAGGCGCAGGCGCCUCAUCAGCACCUGCACCAGCCGCAGCCGGACUGGCUACUGCUGGCGGGCCUGCCGCAGCGGUUGGCGCCAGAUGUGUUGGCGCAGCUGGUUGUGGGUGCGGAUGCGGCAGCGGCACAGCCGAACCAGGCACAGCCUGUGCCGGCGCCGGAGACGGGGGCGGCGGGGAUGGCAGGUCCGGUCAAUGCCGAGUCAGAGCAGUGGGCUCUGGUGCUGGCAGCGCAGCCUCCGCCGAUGCCACAGCGCCAGCCGAACGACCAGCUCCAACUGCAACUCCAGAUCCAGCUGCCAAACCAGCUGCAACUUUCCCCGCCACAACCAUCAACAGUUGUGCCGGCAGCGACAGCGCUGGUGCCAGGGCAACCGCACCGGCAGCUGGCGCACCCACAGCUGCUGCAGCUGCUGCCAGCCGUUCCGAUGUUGGCGCCGGCGGCGGUACCAGCAGGGGAGCUGGAAAUGUCGCCGCAAGGCCAGCAGCGGCUGGCACUGGAAGCGCAGGAGUCAGCCCUGGGGGCGCAAGCCGCCGCCGCACCAGAGGUGCUGGUGCCCGUGCCCGCGCCCAUAGCACUGCAGGCCGAGCCAGAGCAGGCUGUGCGCGAGCAAUUAGGUCAAAAUCAGGCACAGGCACAGCAUAUGCAGGACCAGACUCGCACGACACUGGCAGAGCAGGCGGAUGGUCAGCAGCAGCGCAUCACGCAGGUGCGCACUGAGCAGGAGGCGCCGGAAGCAUUGCAGCAGGAGGCGCCGGAAGCAUUGCUGCAGGAGGCGCCGGAAGCAUUGCAGCAGGAGGCGCCGAACGAGGCGCAGCAGCAGGGUUUGAUGCAGCAGGAUGCACGGCAAAGACUGCAGCCGGCGGCGCCAUUGCCGGCGGCGCAAGACCAGGAAGCAGGGGGUUGGGAGCCGCAGCAGCAGGAUCAGGAGCAGCAGCAGCAACAGCAGUCCGCGGCGGCGGCGCAAGCCGUUGGCACGCAGGCACCUGCUGCGCGCAGCACGGGCGCUCGCAAGCGGCCACGGCACGACUUGGAGUCCGAGCCAGGGCCAGCAGUGGCGCAGCUCGAGGGAGGGAGCGAGGGCGCGGGUGGCCCAGAGGCUUUGGAGGCGGCAGAGCCGUGCCGGAAGCGCGGCCGCGCACCCCAGAAGCCGGCACUGCCGCUGCCGCCGCCGCCGCCGCAGGGCCUCAGGACACAGCCAGUGCGGCAGCCUGCCAGCCGCCGCUCUGUGCGCCUGGCGUCACGCGCCGCCUCGCCGUGCGACCUGGGGCCUACUGCGUCCUGCCCAGCGACCGCCGCUAGCAGCCCGGCCGCCUCCCAGCUGGAGCGCCAGCACGUGGGAGAGUCUCCGCCGCCGCCCGCAGCGUCGGCGCUCGCGUCGCCGCCGCCGGUACAGGUCCUACUCGACCAGUCGCGGUUUGGGUCCGCUGCUCAGCAGCUGCAAGGGCGGGUGCGGCCGCAGGAGCAGGAGCAGCCACACCCGCUGCCGCAGCCGCAGCCGCAGCCGCAGCCGCUGCCGCUGCCGCUGCCGCAGCCACACCCGCAGGCGCGGACGCAGCCGCUGCGAGUGGGGAAAUACCCGUCGCAGCAGGUCCCGACGGCCCCGGGAGCGAUAGAGCCGGACGCCGCCAUCCUGAUGGGUGCUGCUGCGGAGGCCGAGGCGGCAGUUGGUGGAGGUGCCGGCAUUGCGGUUGCGCAGAUGACCGCGCAGCGACAAGGGUCCCAAACGCCUGUACCGGAGCAGGUGUCGCAUCAACAGCCGCAGCAGCCGCAGCAGCCACAGCAGCCGCAGCAGCAGCUGGACGGCAUGCUGCCCUUCCCGUCGCCAUCAUCGCGUGCAGCCCCGCCGUCCGCAGCCCCGCAGCCGCCACCGCUGCCGACCUCCCUCCGCCGCCGGCAUCUUGCUCCGGUCCAUCCCAACCAGCGUGCGGCUUCGGUAACACCCCACCCUGACGAUGGCGGUGCGCUGCAGCCGCGCGUCGCCAGUGUCGGCGGUGACGCCGCCGCCGCGGUGGGCGUACCUCUGGGCUCAGGUGCCCUUGCGAUCGGGGUCACAGGAAGCAAUCCGACGGGCGCAGAAGGCGCGCUCAAGCGCAAGCGCGAACUGAGGCGCGGUCAGAGGGAGCGCGAGGCGCUUGUGGCUGCCGCGGGUGCCUCUCUCCAUCUGGUAUCUGGGCCGCGGCUUCGGGCGACUGCACGGCGCCGGCAGACUGCUGGGCAGCAAGUAGGCAGUGCGGCUGCACUUGGCUCACCUGCAGCUGGGCCGCCGGCAAACAGGCGCGGUGGCGCAAGGGCUGCUCGAGCACGUGUCGGGCGUCGCGCACAGGCUGACACCAGUGCCGAUGAGGAGGCAUCGGAGGUCAUUGUGGUUGACAGCGUGGACGCCGGUGAGGAAGCAGAGGCGCACGGCAAGGGAGUGGAGAGCAAAGAUGCGGUGUUGGAGCGGGAGGCUGAGACGGACGAGGAGCCGGAGCAGGCGGACGCAGCAACGCAGCCGGCGGUCCGGGGGCGUAAGCAGAACGGGACACAGACGAAGGCACCUCGUGCCGCUACAGUCACCGCCGCGGCCGCUGCAGCUACGGCUGCUGCUGGACGUGCUGCGUCCGCUGUCCGCUCUCGCGCCACCGGCCACGGGCCCAGCGCAUGGCGGACUCAUCUGGAAGCCGCACCGCUGCAACAGGCGGCACCGGCAGCAGUAGCGGCACCUGCAGCAGUAGCGCAGCCGCGGCACCCACCGCGGCACCCACCGCAGCAGCAGCAGCAGCAGCAGCAGCAGCAGCAGCAGCAGCAGCAGCAGCAGCAGCAGCAGCAGCAGCAGCAGCCUAUGGCAGGGCAGCGACGGCGCGGCGGCCGCCGUGGCGAGGAGCCAGGCGAGGGGCAGGUCGGCCCAGAGGCAGCUGACAGCGAUCAUGCCGACGCAGGUGCUGCGGGUGGUGACCGCACAGCUGCGGCACACCUGCCGCGCCCCACGCGGGUGGCUCAGCUUGAAUCCCCGCUGUACCAGCAGCCCGGUGCCGACGGUGGCCGCAGCAAGCGCCGAGCAAAGCGGCCCCGGCGCGACGAGGAUUUUGUCACCGUCAGCGCCAUUAUCAGCGGCAACACCAGCAGCAGUGACGGCGACGGGGACGAUGAUGGUGAAGCGAGCUUGAACACGGCAGAGGACGACAGUGCCCUCCGCGCGCGGCGAGGCCGUGGCCGGGGCGGGGGCGGGAUGCGGGGCCGCGGCUGGAGCCGCGGCAGGGGCAGGCGUCGCAGCAGCAGGACCCGGGCUGUUGCCCGUCGCAUUGCGAAGGACUGGGCUGAGGGCAGCGGUCGCGAGACGGACAGCGAAACGCGGAAGCUGGCGUGCGGCCAGUUUGCCCAGUCCCUCCGGCGGCAGCAGGAGCGCCGGCGUGGCGGCGAGGCCGCCGCAGCAGCGGCACCGCCGGUGCGGCGAGUGCAGCAGCGGCAGGUGCGGCAGCGGCGUGUGCCGCAGCCGUGCACCCGCAUAGCUGGAAGGCGGGGCGCCGAGGACGAUGCGGCUGCGGAGGAGACGGAGGUGGAAGACGAGGCGGAGUCGAAGGCGGAGGCCCAGGAGCAGGCUGAAGGGAACGAUGGCGGCGAGGCAGUCGCUGCAGCUCCUGCUCGGGCCGCCAGGCGAGGCUCGGUCUCCGCGUGUGUGCAGCCUGCUGCAGCUGCCAAGCGGGCCUCGGCUGGGCCGGUCCGCCGCAGGCGGACCGCCAAACGGUGUGCAGCAGAUGCAGAGGCGGAGACGGAGGAGGCGUCAGAGGAGGCGUCAGCGGAGGAGGAGUCAGCGGAGGAGGAGUCAGCAGAGGAGCCACGCAAGGAAUCAGAGGCGGACUUAGAGGCGGGCUCGGAGGCUGAGGCUGAUGGUGAGUGCAUGAGCGGCGCUGGGUCUGGAGCGGCGGCGGCUGCGCGGCGCGUGUCGCGCUGCCGGCGUGGGUCCCGCCGGCGCGUCGAUGGCUUGCAUGCCAGCGGCAAUGGUGCUGGUGGCGGUCAUGACGGUGGCGGUCAGGGCAAAACGCGAAAGCCGCGCAACGCUGCACGCGGCGGCGGCGGCGGCUAUGGCACGCGCGCUUUGCAGGGCGCGGGCGCGGCGCCAUGCGGCGACCACGCGCCUGCAGUCGGUGAGGGCGAGGAGGGCGCCGCGCGGCCGCAAGCGAAGAAGCGUGGCCGGCCGAGCCAGGAGGCGCUGUGGCGCAAGGAGGUGGUGGCGGGCGACUACGUGGAGAGCCCCAUUACAGGUCGCCGCUACCCCGCCUCCGCCUGCUACCGGCCCGGCGACAUCCGUGUGGCGGACUACGUGCCGGAGGAGGAUGACACCGAGGGCGUCGUGGAACGAAUCAUGGACCAGGUGGAGGACGCCGCGGGCCACACCUACUUCCUCAUCAAAUGGAAGGGUUUUGAGCUCCAGCCCGGAUUCGGCUGGGGAUACCCUGCCCAUCCGGGCUCGGUGGUGACGCUGUGGGCGGGCGAGGGCAAGGGCCACUGGGAGCCGGCAGAGCACGUGCUCCCAAGCGACCCCAGCCGAGUGGCGUGGGAGCUGGCCAAGCCCUUCUGGUACACAGAGCCCGCGGCGCAGCAAACCAUGCAGGUGGCGGUGGCGGCGGCAACGGGGGCGGCAGGAGGGGCGACGGCGGUUGCCAAGCCGGCCACGGCCGCUGGAGAGGCGGCAGGGUCGUCGCUGCGGACAGGCAAACCGCCGCCUGCCAAGCGGGGGAGGUAGUGCGUGUGCUAUGGGAGCCCUGCUUGGGGGCUCCGGCAGCUGCGGCGUAGGGUGCUGUAUCACGCAAGUCUGGGCGUCUGCCUUGUGGCGGCCUGCUGGGCGGAGCGUUUGCUUGAGCCGCCGCACCGGCACGUUAUCGACGAGGCUUGAAGGAACGAAUGCGCACUUGCUGAAACGUGGCAAGAGUGCAUGUGGUGUGUGCAUAAACGUUCGGGGAGCAGGUGAUGCGCAGCACAAACGUGCUCGCAGUGUUGGGUUGAUGUUGCAGCUGCGAGUGACAGAGGGCUCAAAAGGUAUCAGUUAUUGUUGCGCAAGAGAUGGCAGGGGACGAUACGGGGAGAAUUCGCGUGCUAUACUCAGUUACUCACGGUCGGGUCGUGCACUGCCAUGAUGUACGGUACGGAGCGUGGGCAUGGAGGUUGAGUAGGUCUCCGUUAGUAAUACUUAAUCGUGAGCAGUGGCGUUCGGGUGUCCCCACAGUCCAGUUGCUGGUGAAAGGACGUGAGCUGAUUACCACCAGACGCCACAAAUCCUGUAUCUGUUACACGAAUGAGAGCAUGAUUCCGUGUUGGGUUACUCACGCUGAGCAGCUAAGGUGGGACGACAUCCAAUCCAAACGAUGUC